UCGGGCUGAUCUUUAACACUCUGCACGAGCUCGCGCAAGAAAAAUGGAUGAACUGACGUGAGGUCGGGGUUAAAGUAGGAGAGAGAGAGAGAGAGAGAGAGAGAGGGGAGUCGGAUAACCGACAGCACCGACAGAGACGCCGGUUAAAGCGAGGCAGGAGGCAUGAGCGGAAACGGAGCUCCUGGAGUGCAGGAUGCGGCACAGAAGAUCAGCAGCACCGCUCCUCCUCAUCACCGUGACACCCGAAUCGCACGUGAACAGAACGCGCAGGACGCACCGACCUCCUCCUCCUCCUCCUCCUCCUCCACCGGGCGCGUGGCGCGGACCUGGAUGCGCUUCGCCAGAGCCUUCGUGCUGAUCUUCCCCGUGUACGCGCUCGGAUACUGCGGCUUCAGCGUCAGCUGGUUACUGAUCGGGCUCGCGCUCUUCUUCUUCUGGAGGAGGAACUCGGGCUGUAAGAGCUCCAGGCUCAACCGCGCGCUGGCGUUUCUCCAGCAGCAGCAGCAGCAGAUGGAGAUGGAGGAAGAGGAGGAGAAGAGGAGCAGAGCCGCGCGCGCACUGGACACCACCGAGCUGCCCUCAUGGGUUCACUUUCCAGACGUGGAGAGAGUAGAGUGGGUCAACAAGACAGUGAAUCAGAUCUGGCCGUACGCUUGUCGUUUCCUGGAGAAACUCUUUCGCGAGAACAUUGAACCAGCGGUGAAAGGAGCAAACGCACACCUCAGCACGUUUUCCUUCACCAGGAUAGAGCUGGGGGAUAAGCCUCUCAGGGUCAACGGGGUCAAAGUUUACACUGAGAACGUGGACACGCGCCAGAUCAUCAUGGACCUCCAGAUCAGCUUUGUGGCGAACACCGAAAUCGAGAUGGACAUCAAGCGAUAUUACUGCAAAGCUGGAAUUAAAAGCAUACAGCUCCACGGUGUGUUGCGGGUGGUGUUGGAGCCACUGAUGGGGAAAAUGCCGCUGGUUGGUGCCUUCUCUCUCUUCUUCCUCAAGAAACCGCUCCUGGACAUCGGCUGGGCCGGACUCACCAACAUCCUGGACAUUCCUGGCCUUAAUGGAUUCUCGGACAGCCUGAUCCAGGACGUUAUCUCCAGCUACCUGGUACUGCCGAACAGGAUCACCGUGCCACUGGUGGGCGACGUAGAGCUGGAGCAGCUGCGGUUUCCCAUGCCCAAGGGUGUAUUAAGGAUCCACUUCCUGGAAGCACAGGAUCUCGAGGGGAAAGACAAGUUCUUUGGUGGUCUGAUCAAGGGCAAAUCGGACCCUUAUGGAGUCGUCCAGGUUGCUAAUCAGAUUUUUCAGAGCAAAACCAUUAAAGAGUGUUUAAACCCGAAGUGGAAUGAAGUGUUUGAGGCGACAGUGUAUGAACAUUCUGGACAGCAUCUAGAGAUCGAGCUGUUUGAUGAAGAUCCAGACAAAGAUGACUUCCUGGGCAGCCUAAUGAUCGAUCUGACCAAGCUUCACAAGGAGCAAAAAGUUGAAGAGUGGUUUGACCUAGAGGAAGUCUCUAGUGGAAAACUGCAUCUGAGACUCGAGUGGCUUUCACUGCGGUCAGGCGCUGGUAAACUACAGCAGGCAUUGUGGAGUAUCAGGACCAAUGACAGUUUGUCUUCUGCGCUGUUAAUGGUUUACCUCGAUUCUGCCCGGAACCUUCCGACUGAACAGCUUGAGUUCCAUGCUGAUGUUUCCAAACACCCGUACAGAGGCCUGCUGAAGUCUGGGAGGAAGGUGAACAGUGACCCGAGCCCUUACGUCCAGUUAACGGUCGGACAGAAGAUGUACCAGAGCAAGGUGCGCUAUAAGACGUGUGAGCCGAUAUGGGAGGAGGCGUUUACCUUCCUGGUUCAUAACCCACACACUCAGGAACUACAGGUGGAGGUAAAGGAUGAUAAGCACAAGUGCAUGCUGGGUAAGGUGCGAGUGGCAUUAGUACGUCUCCUGAAGGACGAGGAUAUGACACUGGUGCAGCACUUCCCCUUGAACAGCUCUGGCCCAAACAGCACACUCAAACUCAAGCUGGUGCUCAGGAUUCUUUGCCUUGAAAAGGAGACCACAUCGGGUCAACCAUCCUUCGUCCAAGUCCGACACACCAGCCAGAGUGUUACGAUAUCACAAACAAACACCACCAUCACCACCACCACUACACACUCCACUCCUACCACACACUCCACUUCAACCACACACUCCACCCCCACCACACGCACAACCCCCAGCAACUCUCCUACCCCCACUGGGAUCACUCUGCGGGGUAAGAGAGGUUCAGAGGGCUCACCGGUGAGCCUCAUUCAGACUGAAACUCAAAGAGACUCACCACGAAGAGGCUCAACACGAAGGAACUCAAACCAGAGAGAAUCAACACUCAGAGACUCAACACAAAGUCUGGCAUCGGACACUUCACUACCCUCAGCUGCUCUGGAGCUACAACACAGACUGACACAGCUGCAGAAUGGCUCCACGCAGUAUCCUCUGGGGGAAGUGCAGCUCACUAUCAGACACAGUUCUCAGAGAAACAAACUUAUCGUUGUGGUACAUGCCUGUCGGAAUCUGAUCUCUCUGGGGAGAGACGGCUCGGACCCAUACAUCCGUCUCUACCUGCUGCCGGACAAGAGCCGGAGUGGCCGACGGAAAACCAGCACCAUCAGGAAGAACCUCAACCCCAUCUAUGACCAGACGUUUGAGUUCAUUGUGUCAGCGGUGGAGCUGCACAGGAGGAUACUGGAUGUAGCUGUGAAGAACGCAGGGGGACUACUGUCCAAAAAUAAAGGCCUGCUGGGCAAGGUUCAUGUGGAUUUGGCGAGUGAGGAGAUUUCUAAAGGGUGGACGCGAUGGUAUGAUCUGAGUGCAGAUGGAUCUUAGCAGAUUGAUGGUGUGAUAAUGGGAUUAAAAAAAAGAUGAAACUGUGAACGUCAACGAAACCAGGCUAAAGAAACCAGGCUGCUUCUGCUGGGACUAGACACACACACACACACACACCUAUAGACACACACAGACACAUACACAGAGUCAUUGCCAUCUUUUACAUUCACUGACAUCAUCUCUAUUCCAUUCACACGCUACAC